AUUGCGACAGAAAGUAGGGGGGGAGGCGGUUUGACAAGACUCUUCAUGGAAAGAAGAGAUGACACUCGGAGACCGCUGAGAGCUAUCGAAAUCAGGACUUUGUUAUAAUAUUAAAUUUAAUACUGGGGCGACUUUUUCUUUUUAGUCGUAGAAUUAAGCGAAAAUGGCGUCCAGAGCGGCGUUCCCUGCUACACCGGGCGCCCCGGUGAUGAAUACCGGGAUGAACUCUCCCGGCCACCCGCGGAUGGCAGCGAUGAAUCCGGCCUACCGAGCAAUGCCCAACCCGGCUAACCAGUAUCCGCGUCCUGGUGUCCCUCCUGGCCGUAACAUGCCCAUGGGAGGGAUGGGUUCCAUGGGUUCUCCGAUGCCCGGGCCGUCGUACGGCGGCACCAUGACCGUUCGUCCCGGCAUGCCCCAAACUGCCAUGGACCCGGCGCGCAAGAGACUCCUGCAGCAACAGCAUCAGCAGCAGGCGGGGGGGAUGAUGGGUCCUCGGAGAGGGCUGAAACGGCGCAAAAUGGCUGACAAAGUUCUACCCCAGAGGAUCCGGGACCUGGUUCCUGAGUCUCAGGCCUACAUGGACCUUCUGGCGUUUGAGAGGAAGCUGGACCAAACCAUUGCUCGCAAGCGCAUGGAGAUCCAGGAGGCCAUCAAGAAGCCCAUCACGCAAAAGCGUAAGCUGAGGAUCUAUAUCUCAAACACCUGCACACCUGCCAAACCUGAGGGGGAGGAGUCAGAGAAAGUGGCAUCAUGGGAGCUUAGAGUGGAGGGCAAACUCCUGGAGGAUCCUGGGAAACAGAAGAGAAAGUUUUCUUCCUUCUUCAAAAGUCUGGUCAUUGAGCUGGAUAAGGAGCUGUAUGGUCCAGACAACCACCUGGUGGAGUGGCACAGGAUGCCCACCACUCAGGAGACGGACGGCUUUCAGGUGAAGCGGCCCGGAGACGUGAGUGUGAAGUGCACACUGUUGCUCAUGCUGGACCAUCAGCCGCCGCAGUACAAACUGGACCCGCGGUUAGCACGUCUCCUGGGCGUCCACACGCAGACCCGAGCCAGCAUCAUGCAGGCGCUCUGGCUCUACAUCAAGAACAACAAGCUGCAGGACUGCCACGAGAAAGAAUACAUCAACUGUAACCGCUACUUCCGACAGAUCUUCACCUGCUCCAGAAUGAGGUUCUCGGAGAUCCCCAUGAAGCUGGCGGGACUCCUGCAGCUCCCGGAUCCCAUCGUCAUCAACCACGUCAUCAGCGUGGACCCUAACGACCAAAAGAAGACGGCGUGCUUCGACAUCGACGUAGAAGUGGACGAUCCGCUGAAGAGCCAGAUGAGCAGCUUCCUGUCCUCCACCACCAACCAGCAGGAAAUCGCAGCCCUGGAGAUGAAGAUCCAUGAGACCAUUGAGUCGAUAAACCAGCUGAAAACGCAGCGGGACUUCAUGCUGAGCUUCAGCAACAACCCCCAGGACUUCAUCCAGGACUGGCUCAAGUCUCAGAGCCGAGACCUCAAGCUGAUGACUGACACUGCCGGGAACCCAGAGGAGGAAAGGAGGAGCGAUUUCUACCAGGCUCCCUGGAUCCAGGAGGCCGUGGGCCGCUACGUAUUCUCCAAGGUCCAGCAGAGGAGACAGGAGCUGGAGCAGGUCCUCGGUAUCCGCCUCACCUAAACCUCCGAGGAAAUGUUUUGGGAUGGAGGCGUCGCUGCAAGUCUUCCAAUUAUUAUGCGUCUUUUUUUUUUCUGCUUAAAAUUUGACGUGGGAUUUCCUCAGGUCACGGAUUUGUCGCUAUUUUCAAUUAUUCUCCAUAUUGUUCAGUUCACAUCCUAGUGUGUAUCUGCCUUUUCUUUGGUAUUUGCAUACCAAAUUCGGAUGGUGUGUGUGUGGCCAUUUUGUUUCUAAGCCAUAACUGCCUUGUUUCAUAUUUUUGCCAAUGAGAUAAAAUGGAGGGUGGGAGUUUUAUACAGGUGCCUCUGAUUGAUUUAAGAGACUUAAUCCAAAAUGUAGUGUUUACAUUGUUUGUGUGUGUUUAGCGUCACUGUGCCAGACGUAAAAGUCUACAUACAUUUACAUGGACAACAAUAAUCCGAUAUUAACCCGGUUAAGACGAUACUCUGAUUAAGAAACUAGCAUGUAAACAGCGAUUAUUGAUGACCUUAAUCCGAUUAAAGUCAUACUCGAAGUAAACACAAAUGGAAUUAAGACGUGUGGAGUAUUCCUGUUUUAGUCGCAUUAUGGACGUGCGUUACAGACAUGUACACACCUUAAUCACACUAUUAACGUCGUGUGAGUUUUCACCGCAUUUUGUGACAGGACACGUACACACAUGGCAGCGCUCAACCGUUUUACGGCAAACAAGAGAGCACGGCCACGUCCCAAACUGCGUACUUGCCUAUUAUGUAGUAGGUGAAAUGCAUGUAUCUCAGCUACUAUGUAGUAGGUAAGUACGUGGUUUGGGACGCAGCCCACGGCUUCAAACAGUCGUCUAGUUGCACGUAUAUUGGAGCGUUCGUAAAAAUAAAAACACCCCAAACUGUAUACGGUCCCAUGACGAAGACGAACUGUAUGUCGAUACGUGAAAUUCUGGACGUCAGACGGCGUGGCGCGGGGACGUAAUGACGUGUGCAGUUAAUUGAUCUAUGUUCUAUAACUCAUAAAACGGGAACAUGAAAGGAGUAUUCUAAAAGCGACUCAUGUAAACACCUUAAUCAGAAUAUUGUCUUAUUCAGAAUAAGGUCAAUAAUUAGAUUACUGCUGUCCAUGUAAACGUAGUCAGUGAGAGAACACGGACGUGUGUUUUUAUAAACAGCAGGUAGGAUUGUAAGCCAUUUCUAACUGAUGUCGGAUUGUCUUAAAUGUAAAAAGUCCGAUUGCUGUUCAUCUAAAAGAUCAGACGACGUUCCGGAUUUACAAAUCCGGAUCAUUCCGAUCGAGAGCUGGAUUAGUUUAGCCGGAUGUUUAUGUCUCUACAGUGUAUAUAGAUAACCGCGUGCCUGGUACGAGCCCUAGGUAGAUCGAGACUUGAAACUUGAUCACUGAUUUGGAUAAAGAGAACGGUACGGAAGCCUUGAGAGGACAUUUUAAAGGUUUUUUUUUUUUGUUAACUCUUAUGCACAAUGUUUAGUUUUAACGUGGUACUAAACCAGAGUCAGGAAAUCUGCUUCUUUAAUUUGAGCACCGUUUGCUAUGUCGGGUUUGAAAUCAAUACAAUCGUUCCCACGUUUUGGUUCAUUUUUUUAUUUUUAUUUUUUAUAAAGUGCACGUCUCACUAUAAUGCACUGGAAACACAACACGCGCUACGUCACGUUAAAACCAUAUAGAUUGCAUCGUAUUCUACGAUAAAAAUGGCCGCGCUUUUUCGGAUCCAUCCCCCUGGCCUCAGCCGUGGCCAGUUUCUCAGGCCCUGCUCACCCCCAUGACGUGAUGCUACCACCACCACGCUUCGCAGUGCGAUGACUGUGUUCUCAGUUUGAUGAGCAGCGUUGCAUUUCUCUCGCCAACUAACCGAAGCCUUCGAAUACUUUUCCAGAGCUUCGUCUUGGAGCUGUUUCGCCGGGUCCUUGGCCUUUAUGACGCUGUUCGUUUAGGGGAGGGACUCCUCCAGAAACGGGCGUAUUUCUACUGAGAUCAUGUGACACGCUGCCGAUCUAACGAUGCAGCUGGUUCCAGUAAACGUUUCCUGAAAAUGUACUGGUAUUCUAAUAACUUUUUUAUUUGUAAAUAAUUUUGUGUAAAUCCCUGACACCAUCCCAAUCAAGUCCAUUUCGGUUUUUAUAUAAUGUGGAAAAGUUAUGGAAAAAAGGGGCAGGGGAUGGGGGGUGAAAACUUCUCUCCCUCUCUCCUUCUGCCGAGCCACACACGAUUUUAUGGAGAUACUAGAGAUCCUCUCUGCCCGAUCCUCUUUGCUCUCCAGCCCUGCCUGAUCCAUUUCGGAUAUCCUACCUCUGGAUGGAGCUCUAAUCUACUCCAAUUCCAGACUGCUGGGACUACGGCUGCUUCUAAGGCCAUACAGACUUCAUAUAAAUCCAUAAUGAACUUUUACACACUAUCUGUUGUUACCCAGAUGAGGAUGUGUUCCCUUCUGAGUCGGGUUCCUCUCAAGGUUUCUUCCUCUUAAAACAUCUUAGGGAGUUUUUUGUCGCCACUCAGUGUCUUGCUCAGUUGGGAUAAAUUCACUCCUUUAAUAUCUGUAUACCGUGUUGAUAUUUCUCUAAAGCUGCUUUGAGACAAUGUCUAUUGAGGCUUAGUGGUUAGCACGUUCGCCUCACACCUCCAGGGUCGGGGGUUUGAUUCCCACCGUGGCCCUGUGUGUGUGUGUGUGAGUGGAGUUUGCAUGUUCUCCCCGUGCUGCAGGGGUUUCCUCCGGGUACUCCGGUUUCCUCCCCCAGUACAAACACAUGCUGAUCGGCGUGUCUAAAGUGUCCGUAGUGUACGAAUGGGUGUGUGAGUGUGUAUGUUAUUGUGCCCUGUGAUGGAUUGGCACCCUGUCCAGGGUGUACCCCGCCUCGUGCCCCAUGCUCCCUGGGAUAGGCUCCAGGUUCCCCGUGACCCUGAAAAGGAUAAGCGGUAUAGAAGAUGGAUGGAUGAAUUGAAAUUAUGCACAGCACUGUAUCUCAUACAAGUGAACACGUUAAUUAAAGACAUCCCUCCACAGAGCAGACUUGAGCUGUGUUCUUGUUCGUAUGAACCAAAGCGUGGAAAUGAUCGAUUUAAUUCGAGGACUCGCAUGAUGUAAUGUUUACACUUAAUACGCUUGCGUUUACCAGCUUGUUGCCUUGGUAACAAACCCGACAACGGCGCUUCUCAGCCAUAUUAAAGCCAUACUGUGUGUUUGCUCUGGUUUCAACUCCAUACAUUCCGUAUGUGUGUGUGUGUGUGUGUGUGUGUGUGUGUGUGUGUGUGUGUGUGUAUAAACUUUGCAUUGUCAGAGACUCAGGAGGAGAGGAUGAUGAUGAUGAUGAUGAUGAUGAUGAUGAUCUGAACAUGGACGCUUUAAAGGGACGAUUUGGGCGAAAAUCAAAUUACUUUAAAUGCAAGUCCAAAGAAAUUCGCUGAUGUUGAACUAGCAAACUAUUUCGUUUAUGUAGGUAAUAUUUAUCUACUCCGUCGUGUCAAGGGCGCUAACUCGAUAUGUCGCUAUUUUCUAUUCAGCUAGUCUAAAGGUACAAGGAGAUCAAAUCCUCUACAUAGCUAUUUAUAUUUAGCUAACACACACACAGAGAUAACCUACAGCGAAACAGUUAGUAUUAUUUAAUAACAACGACUUAACAUCGUGUUGGUUUUAAGAAGACAUUUCCGCAGUAGACGUGGACGACGUGACGAAAACUGUCGUCACGUUACGUUGAAGACGUAUUUAUGCCAUUUCCAAUGAAACAAUUUUUUAAAAAAAAGAAAGAAAGACAGCUAGAGGUUUUGCCCAGUGUUUCGAAAACAUUUUAAGUAUUCAAGAAAUAAAUAUACGGAGAUGAAGCAUUGGGGCAAAAAUAGUUAUUAAUAGUGUUGACGUAGCGAGUAACUAGCGAGUUACGAAAGCACCGGACCUCGACGAGAACGACGUUGUGUAGAAAAGGUCAUAAGGAAAGCCGCAGGAAGUGGUGCUCAGAAAUGACUGCUUCCUGCCGUUCCUAUUUGUUCCUUCCUGCUGUAUUUUGUAUUUUCCAAAAUAUAAACAAACUAGUCACGUAAACCACAAACGCGUAAUCAACGUGUAGCACGAGCACACUGUGCGACUGCUAUUGUUGUUGUUGCUUGUGGGCGUGGCCUGUCCAGGGCCUUUUCAUUUCGUUUCGUUCCAUCGCGGACAUUUUAGCUGUGUGGAAAAUGUAUUUAAAUUUGAUUUUUGCCUGAACGAUCCCUUUAAGUUCAUAAUAGCCAUUAUUAUUAUUAUUAUUAUUAUUAUUAUUAUUAUUAUUAUUAUUGUUGUUGCUUUACAAGUAUUUUUAAAACCUGUCUGUGGCUUUAUUACAGUUAGUAUAACUUCCUGUGUUAAAUGUGCCAUUGUCUUUCAAAUAAUUUUCCUUUUUUAUAACCUGUUUAUAGUCGAAAUAUUUCGGUUUUUAUAUGACAAAAAGAGCAUGUUCUGUUUUCUAGUUUUUGACUUGUGAUCUGUACUUUUUUUUUUAAAUACUUUUUAAAGUGAUCUUUUGUAUUUUUUCUCUUCCCCCUUUUUGUACAAUAAAAUUGUACAAAGGCA